AUGGAGGAAGACGACGACGAUCUCUAUGACCCUGCGGACUCGUUCCCGCCCCAGCAAGAGCAGAGCAACUAUAACCAGACUACCGCAGAAGCAAACGGCGGGGACUCGUACGAGUUCGAAGAAGAGGAAGAAGACGAAGACGAUUUCAAUAUUAUCACCGAAGCUCCUGCAGACGCAGCUCCGAAUCUUGCACAUCCGCGACACGCCACAUUAAUAAACGAGUCUCAGCGAUCUGCCUCGGCCGAGAUAAAACCGUCUUCAACACCUUCGAUCCCUGUGAAAGCCGAGAGUGUGACUCCUGCGCCUGUUCAGGGUAGGCCCGUAGCGACACUCAAGUCUGGCACGGCGUAUCCGCCCGUACAUGUAUCAACGAUUGAUGUGAAUGCCAACCCAGUCCACCCAACGACCGGCAAACCCAUUACAUCCACAGACCUUGAUGCGGAUUUCCCGACAGAGGAGGACAAACCAUGGAGACUCCCGGGCACUGAUAUCACGGAUUUCUUCAACUACGGGUUUGACGAGUUCUCCUGGGCGAGUUACUGCCUCAAGCAGCAGGAACUGCGCAAAGACGUUACAGAUCAAAAGAAACAACUAGAAGAAAUGCAAACUUUUAUGUCUAUGGGAGGCAUGCCGGGGAUGCCAGGGGCUCCAACGCCGACGCCAGCUCCGCCAGCUCCAAGCGCCAGUGCUGGAGGUAUGCCGGCCAUGCCGGGGAUGCCGGGGAUGCCAGACAUGUCGCCGGAUAUGAUGCAGGGAAUGCUAGCCAAUAUGAUGGCGCAGGGUCUUGAUCCGUCGGCAAUGGAUCCGAUGGCGUUUAUGCAAAAUGUGCAGGCGAUGAUGGGAGGACAGCCUGGCGGUGGCCAGCAGAAUCAGGGAUAUCCAGCACAAGGCAGCCAGCAGCAGAUGGGCGGCUAUGGGGGCUACAAUCAGCAGGGAGGAGGGUAUGGCGGAGGCCGUGGACGGGGCGGAGGAGGUCGGAGAUGGUGA